UGGUUGAUGUUGUCCAUGGACCGUAGUUCCAAUUGAUGUUGUCCUUGGACCGUAGGUCCAAAUCCAAAACGUCAGCAUUCCAGAGCAUUUCACCCACAGCUCGAUUGCACGAGGCAUACAAAUUAGUCAUGAAAUUGUCAAAAUUGUAAUAAUGACCACCUAUGAUAGAGCUCUGUUUUAUUCUUUUAUGUGUUGUUAAACCAAGAACUUGAGAUAAUGUGCUAGUUGUCUGAUAUAUUCUGACGAGCUAAAUCUGAAAGUUAUUGGUCUGCAGCAAAUAUGGAAUUUGUGGGUCAAACAAGAGAACUGAACGGAGGAGGAAGAAUGCCUGUAAUAGGGCUUGGGACUGCUGCUUGGAACAAAUUUGAGGAGAUGAAGUCUGCAAUCACAGUGGCCAUGCAGGUUGGUUACAGACACUUUGACACUGCAAGCUAUUGUGGCUCAGAAGGUGCCUUAGGAGCAGCACUUAAGGAGGCCUUCCAAAGCGGUCUUGUUAGGAGAGAAGAAGUGUUCGUUACAACUAAACUCUGGGGCGAUGAACAUGAUGAUCCUGUUGCUGCUAUCUCCAGAAGGCUAGAGAAUUUGCAGCUGGAAUACGUGGAUUUGUUUCUGCUCCACUGGCCUGUAAGUUUGAGGAAAGGAUGUAUUCUCCCACCUACAAAAGAAGACUUUUUGCCCCUGGAUAUCCAAUCUACUUGGCGAGGGAUGGAAACAUGUUUUGAGAUGGGUCUCACUAAAGCCAUUGGCUUGAGCAACUUCUCCUGUAAAAAGAUUGAGGACUUGCUCAGCUAUGCCAAAAUUCUUCCUGCUGCCAAUCAGGUAGAGAUGCAUCCAAUGUGGCAGCAGAAAAAAUUGAGAGAUUAUUGCAGCAAGAAGAGAAUUCAAGUAUGUGUAUGGUCUCCUCUGGGAGGGCAAGACACUCCAUGGGCAUCAAGCGUGCUGAUAAUGAAUCCCAUCAUUCAUGAAAUUGCUCAAAAGCAUGGGAAGACCGUAGUACAGGUUUUGUUGAGGUGGGGAAUAGAGCAAGGAGUGUGUGUUGUCCCCAGAGGCUUCAAUAAAGGAAUAAUAACAGAGAAUUUCCAAAUUUUUGACUGGUGUUUAACUGCAGAAGACUCUGAGAAAAUUAACAAGCUUGAGCAGAGGAAGCUGGUAAGGGCAGAAAAUCUUGUAAACUCCACAACUAGCCCUUACAGAACUGUUGAAGAGCUAUGGGACGGGGAGAUCUAGUCUUAAAAGAAAGAAACAAUUGAUCAUAAUCAAGAAGUCCAUGCAUCAGCGAGCUUUGUGGAUAGAAACCUGAAAAUAAAAAUUGAACUUCAUUUCAUCUAAUAAAAUUUGUUAUUAGAGAGGUUCA